UUAUUAUGAAAUCCAUCUGCAACAUUCAGUGAAAUGUUUUAGCUUUCAGUUCAUGUCUAACAGGGAGAAGUGGUUUAGGUAUAUGUUGUUAUCUUUCAUACAGAGGAAGCCAUGAGAAGCAUUCCAGGGGGCACAUUUGUGGCCCUUAUCCUCUCUGUCCUUGCUAAUGCCCUGGGUUCCUAUGCAGGGAAGAUCCUGGUGUUCCCAGUGGAUGGAAGUCACUGGGUGAAUAUGAAUCUCUUAAUUGAGGGACUCCAUGCCAGGAACCACAACAUCACUGUAGUACGGUCUGCUAGCAGCUGGUAUGUCAAGGAGAAGUCUCCCCACUACACCUCUAUCACUAUACCUCUUCCAGAGGUCAUUAACAUUGAGGACGAGGACUUCUUUGUGUCUUUUCUCAGCAAAAUUCUGGAGAUCCAGCGGGGUGGGGCAUCCAUCAUGACAUUCAUCUCCUUCUAUUGGGAGAUGCUCACUGGACUGUCAGAGAUUCACAGGCAAGCUAGUCAGCUUGUAGUGGAGAUGUUCAAGAACCAACAGCUCAUGCAGAGCCUCCAGGAUACCCAGUUUGACCUGGUUCUUAUGGACCCAGGUCUGCCAGGGGGGGUCCUGGUAGCACACCAACUGCAGCUCCCCACAGUCUUCAAUGUUCGCUGGAUUACGAGUGGGGAGGGACAUUUUGUAGUCGCACCCUCCCCAGUCUCAUAUGUUCCUACUUCUGGGUGUGCAGUCCCAGACAAAAUGACCUUCACUCAAAGAGUAAAAAAUAUGUUCCACUACUUCCUCAACAUCUGCAUUGAUACAUUUGUAGUUAGUCCGCAUUACAACAGACUGUGUAUUCAGUACUUUGGACCAGAUACCAAAUUUUACCAUCUCCUCCAGUCUAUCGACAUUUGGCUUAUGAGGGUGGAUUUUGUCUUUGAGUUCCCUCGCCCAACAAUGCCUAAUAUUGUCUAUAUUGGUGGGUUCCAGUGCAAACCAGCCAAGGCCCUGCCAUCAGACCUGGAGGAGUUUGUGCAGAGCUCUGGAGACCAUGGGGUAGUUAUCAUGUCACUGGGGACACUAGUUAAAGGCUUGCCUGCUGACAUUACAUCUGAGAUUGCUGCAGCAUUUGCCCAGAUUCCCCAGAAAGUAAUCUGGAGGCACAUUGGGGAGCAGCCCCAGAACCUGGGGAACAACACACUGUUGGUGAAGUGGAUGCCCCAGAAUGACCUUCUGGGUCAUCCUAAGGUCAAGGCCUUUGUGGCCCAUGGAGGUACUAAUGGCAUUUAUGAGGCUAUCUACCAUGGCGUACCAGUGCUUGGCAUGCCAUUGCUUUUUGACCAGUUUGAGAACCUGUUGAGGUUGGAGGUUCGAGGGGCAGCUAAAGUGCUGGAUGUGACUAAGCUUACCAGUCAGAGUUUCCUGCAGGCCUUGGAAAAUAUACUCCAGGAUCCCUCAUAUCAAAGAAAUAUGGAGCGUCUCUCCAGUCUCCACCGAGACAAACCCCUCCCCCCAUUGGACAGUGCCUUCUUCUGGAUUGAGUUCGUUAUGAGGCACAAAGGAGCGGCCCACCUGCGCACUGAGUCUAUCAAAUUGCCCUGGUAUACCUACCACUCCCUGGAUGUGAUCAGCUUUCUCAUAGUCACAAUGUUGGCUAUACUUGCCACAGCGGCAGCCAUGUUCCAUUUACUGUGCUGCAGGUUGUGCAGGAUGAGGAAAUUAAAGCAAGACUGAUCACUGGUGCCAGAGCAAAACAUACAAAUCAAGUUGCCUUUGUCUUUGCCAAAAUUGCCAAAAUUGUCUUUCACAUGAAAGUCAGAAGAUAAGAUGCUGCAUAGCAUUGUAUGCAUUUUAGUAAUCAAUUUUUAGCCUCGCAUAGAUUGCUGCAUCAUGAAUGCUUUGCGCUGAAAUUUUAGUUGUUUAACUGUUCAUUUUAUAGGCUUCUAUCAGAGAAUAUGAUAUUAUAUAUAUUAUAUAUAUAUAUAUAUAUAAUAGAAAUAUUGAACCCUAUAGUGUUUCAUCAGAACAUCUGCAUUGUUUCUGUAUUCACUAUGCAUAAGGCAUCACUGUAUAAUGUUUCUCACUCAUGCGCCACCAACAGGGUCUUAACUUUCACAUAAAAAUCACUUCGUGAUAACACAUUUGUUUUCCAAAACAUCAGUGGAAACUGAUGUAAAUACAUGUUGGGGAGUGAUGGUGGUCAUUUGAGAGGGGAGUAGUUACUGGGCUGAUUGUGUUUAGUAUUGAGUAACAAAGUAUGAAGAUGCCAUGUCAUGAGGAUUUUCUGAUUUCUUCUUUUAUUUUAUGAUUAGGAAUUCUGGUUCAAUUUCUUAAUCUUGGACUGGGAUUUUUGGCCUUGGCCUUGUCUUUUAUGCAUACAUUGUCUAACUAAAACUGAACAGUGAACUGGAAGGUUGGAAUUACCAACCAUUAUCUGCCACGCAACUAGCAGGUUACCUCAGAACAUUAUCCCCUUAUAUUGUUCUCGUAGUUUGUAAUUGCCCUUGGAAAUGCAUUUUUUUUUAAAUUAGUUUCUCGGCAUCACAUUGACCAUUCUUUUUGCCAGCACACAGACUUGUAUUCAAAAAAAGUUUUUCUAAAAAUUGUCUCUAACAAAUUCAGUCACACAAUGAAAUGCAGUUAACUGCAUUUUUUUAAAAUCAACUCCAUAGUUUCUUUUUUUUUGGGAGGGAAGUGGUUGUUGGUAUUAAAGUACUGCCCCAGAAACAAAUAA